AUGUCAGAACAAGACACACCAUCUUUCUCCAACAAUCCGUUUGGUGGUUUUUUUUCUUUCACACCCAAUAACAAUACAACAACAACAACAAAUAAUCCAUUUGCUGCUUUUUUAAAUACUUCUUUGGAAGAAGCCAUUUCAUCAAGACCAAUAUUUGGUGGCGGUACAUCAGACAGUUCUUCUUCAUCAUUGGUUGAUGUUGUUGAUUCCCAACCAAAACAGGAAGAAACUAAAUAUUCAAUCGACUCAGUGAUUUCUGUAUUUUCGGAGAGUAUUUUGGGGAUUACAGAAAGUAAAGGUCGUCAUCAUCAAGUUUACUUGUUAGAUAUUUCUGAUGUUUCAAAUAUUAGCAAGGUUAUCAUUUCAGAAUUUGACAUCAACGUCAAGGGUCAAGAACAAGUCAAUUGUGGUUUUAAGAAUGUUUCAUUAGAUUUUGAAAGUUUAGUCUUGAAUAAGAUUGAAAAUGAUUCUAAAAAAGUGAGAGGUGUAUGUAAAUUAUUCAAGAGAGAAUACCCUGUAAUUGAAAGUGCAAUUAUUUCAGAUUGGAAACCUCAUUCAAUGUCUUUAAAUAAUGUAAUUAGAACUCAGGACUAUACAGUUAUUGGAUUUGUUGAUCAAUUAGCUGUGGCAACAAAAUUUGGAUGUAAAAAUCCAUUCUUAGAAAAUAGUUCCACAGAAUGUCUUUUCACAGAAGAAUUAAUAUUGGAUUCUAAUUCAGUAGAUCAGUAUGCUGCCAUUGAUACAGAUAGCCCUCUAGUUGUACUUCUCCCUUGUGAAAAUUGCAAGGAGAGAAAAUAUUCAUUGAAUGGUUUAUGUUUCAAUGGAUCCAUCUUCCUAUUCGAUUUGAAAGAAAGAAAAUUUACAAAAUCUGUGAAAUUUACUGAUGAAUCAUUGGGAAAGCAAUUUAUUUUAAAGAGAUUUAUGGAUAAUCCAGAGUUUAUUCCCUAUUUAGAUGGAAAUAGAUUGAGAAGUUUCGUUCUCUCUGAACAGAAACUUUAUGAAUUUUAUUGGAAUGUCCAGUAUGAGGAAUUGGUGUGUGUUGAACAUUGCAUGUGGGUUAGUGGUCAAAUUUCACAAGUUCGUAUCACAGAUGAAGAGUUUGGAUUCAUUAUCUCCACAUGGGAUAAAAAAAUAGUUUUAUACAAACCAGGUCAAGUGGGAAAACCUUAUAAUGAAGGACACGUUAGAAUUAUAGAAAAGGAAAAAGUGCUUACUCCAUCCAUUUGGUGCUCAAAGAGUAAGGUUCUCUUUGAAAGGAGCACAUAUUACAAUUAUGUUCCACUCAAUUUUGAAAACCACAAUCUUACAUUAGAAGAAAUCACCAAAUCAGAGGUAAAGAAUCCUUUUCAACUUUUCAAUAUAGCAGACUAUGCUAAAGAAUUUGAAUUUUCAUGCUAUGAUGAAUUAAUUGAUAAUUGUUUGAGUAUUAAGAAAAUCAAGGUUGGCAGAAAACUCAAAGGCCUUAGAUCAGAAUUUAUUUACAAAGUCGAUAACAAAGAAUUAGCUGUCCUAGAAUUGGAAAUUAUUGCUGGACUGACCUCUAAUCAAUCAACCAUCAUGGUAGAAACAACCUCCAUUAGACAAAGUGAAAAUUUCAAAUUAUUGGAAUUGAAAGAUUUUACCAAUUUUCUUGGAGCUCCAAUUAUUUACAAACGUAAAGAUGAGAAGAAAUUUCAGUUUACUUCUUUCAUUGAUUUAAAAGAUGGAAAGAAAUCUUCUGAAACUGUAAUUUUUGGAGAUAUUAAUGAAGGAAGUGGAUCCACUUCAACAUCAUCAACACCAAUAUCCAAUUUGGAAUUUAUUGGCCUUUUAGCACCAAAACAAACCAGGAAUUAA